AUGUUCCUCGAGCAAUGCAGUGCCCCUGGAGCCAUGAACGACUCUAUGGAGCGAUUCCCUCCUCCACGGUGCCAUGCAGAGACCAGAAAGCGGGCGCUGGGAACCAUAGAGCAUUGGGGGACCUUGCCUAGGGCCGACAGGGAGAAGCGCCUCUUCUGGCUGCAUGGGCCGGUCGGGAUGGGCAAGACGACCAUCGUCCAGACCAUCGCCGAGGAAUUCGAGGCGAAGAACAUUCUCGGCGCCUCCUUCUUUUUCUCGCGGACGGACAACAACAGAAAUCGAGCAGAGCGCUUCGUCGCAUCGCUAGCUCUCCAGCUUGCCAUCUCCGUCCCCGUACUCAAACGCCAUGUCGAGGCGGCGUUGAGAGCCAAUCCAACCAUUCUGCGCAAAGCUUUGCCGAUCCAACUCAAGAAGCUGAUCAUCGAACCUUUCCGCAAGAUCCCUCCGCUCGAUGACGACAAAGUGGUGGCCAUCGACGGCCUGGACGAAUGUGAGGGGUCCCGACCAAAUGCACAGGAUAAAGAGCGGGAGCAGCUCUUGAUCCUCCACCUCAUCGAGACCAUGCUGGAAGCAGACCUUCCUCUCAACUUUUUCCUCGCAUCUCGUCCUGAAGCAUGGAUCCAAGAAGCUUUCGAGGACUCCCCAGCUCUCUCGGACACCACACAACGAAUGGACCUGUUCGAGGACUCCGAGAAGGACGCGGACGUUGAAUUGUACUUCCGCGAUCACCUCGAGCGUAUACGGCAUAGCAAGAGGCAUCGAUUUUGUUUCUCCAAUCUCACCGAACCAUGGCCUCCUAAAGUUACCACUACGAGCAUCAUCAACAGUGCAAGUGGCCAAUUCGCCUACGUCGAUGUAAUUAUCCGUUACCUCGAUGACCCCUACAGCAAUCCGGUCGUCCAGCUGGAGACUCUCUUCGGGGGAACUGCCUGUCGUGCCAACGGAGCUGACCCGAUGCAACAGCUGGAUGAUCUGUAUCGACAGAUUUUGCUGGCCAGACCUAAUCCCAGUGAGACGCAGAAAGCCUUGGCUUGGAUCGUGAACACCGAUUUUGAAUACUUGCCGUCUGUCUCAUUUCGCCUCUAUGAAGCGAUCAUGGGAUAUGAGCCAGGAGAGAUGGCUCGCUCCCUUCGUGGUCUUCAUGCCCUGGUCCGGGUCCCCUUCGACGGCACUGAAGGCGAAAGAGCGGUGAUAUAUCAUCGUUCUUUGGUCGAGUUCCUCAAAUCUCCAGAACGCUGCGGGACCGAGCUAUACCUGGGCAGUUACUGGACCUUUCUAUUUCGAUAUCGGUGCUUAAUUUACCUGUCUGAGAACCCUUCCCUGGCAUCACUCAGCGCAGGAUCGAAACUUUCAGGUUAG